AUGGAGAUGUCACUGUGUAGCUCAGGCUUCCACGAACCUGGGUCUGGGCUGGCAUUGAGAUGGGUGGGUGGCUAUGAGUGCAAUCGGUUUGGCUUUCUACCCUUGGAAUUUGUGAAAACUGCUUGGUUUUUAGUGUACCUGUUGAGAAACAGCAAUUAUAAAAACAUGCAUCGAAGGCACACAACCCUUCGGGAGAAGGGCCGCAGGCAGGCCAUCCGGGGCCCAGCCUACAUGUUCAAUGAGAAAGGCACCAGCCUGACUGCAGAGGAGGAACGUUUCCUUGAUUCUGCAGAAUAUGGCAACAUUCCAGUCGUGCGAAAAAUGCUGGAGGAGUCCAAAACCUUGAACUUUAAUUGUGUUGAUUAUAUGGGACAAAAUGCCCUACAGUUAGCUGUAGGGAAUGAGCACUUGGAAGUGACGGAGCUCCUCCUCAAAAAGGAGAAUCUAGCUCGAGUUGGGGAUGCGCUUUUGUUAGCCAUCAGUAAAGGAUACGUGCGCAUAGUGGAAGCAAUAUUGAACCAUCCCGCCUUUGCACAAGGGCAGCGUCUCACACUCAGUCCCCUUGAGCAGGAACUGAGAGAUGACGAUUUUUACGCCUACGACGAAGAUGGAACUCGGUUUUCCCACGACAUUACCCCUAUCAUACUUGCUGCCCACUGCCAGGAGUAUGAAAUUGUUCACAUCUUACUUCUAAAAGGUGCACGGAUUGAAAGGCCGCAUGACUAUUUUUGCAAGUGCAAUGAAUGUAUUGAGAAGCAGAGGAAAGACUCCUUUAGUCACUCUCGAUCGAGAAUGAAUGCCUACAAAGGAUUAGCCAGUGCUGCUUACUUGUCUCUUUCCAGCGAAGACCCCGUCCUUACUGCUUUAGAAUUAAGCAAUGAAUUGGCCAGACUAGCCAACAUUGAAACUGAAUUUAAGAACGACUAUAGGAAGCUAUCUAUGCAAUGCAAGGACUUUGUAGUGGGGGUACUGGACCUGUGCAGAGACACUGAAGAAGUAGAAGCAAUUCUGAAUGGAGAUGUGAACAUACAUCUGUGCCCUGAGCAUCACCGGCCAAGUCUGAGCAGAAUUAAACUGGCAAUUAAGUAUGAGGUCAAAAAGUUUGUUGCUCACCCCAACUGCCAGCAGCAGCUGCUCACCAUGUGGUAUGAAAACCUCUCAGGCUUACGACAGCAAUCCAUAGCUGUGAAGUUCCUGGCUGUCUUUGGGGUUUCCAUAGGCCUGCCCUUCCUUGCCAUAGCCUACUGGAUUGCUCCCUGCAGCAAGUUGGGACGGACCCUCCGAAGUCCUUUCAUGAAGUUCGUGGCGCACGCUGUUUCUUUCACAAUCUUCCUUGGACUGUUAGUAGUGAACGCUUCGGAUCGGUUUGAAGGAGUAAAAAAUCUUCCCAACGAAACCAUCACAGAUCAUCCCAAACAAAUAUUUAGAGUCAAAACAACUCAGUUCUCGUGGACAGAAUUGCUGAUCAUGAAGUGGGUAUUGGGCAUGAUAUGGUCAGAGUGUAAGGAGAUCUGGGAAGAGGGCCCACGAGAGUAUGUGGUACAUCUCUGGAACCUUCUGGACUUUGGGAUGCUGUCCAUCUUUGUGGCGUCGUUCACUGCCAGGUUCAUGGCUUUCCUCAAAGCGACUGAAGCACAGCAGUACGUCGAUCAGUACGUUCAAGAUGAUGACCUCAAUAAUGUCACCCUUCCCCCUGAAGUUGCUUACUUUACUUACGCCAGGAACAAGUGGCUUCCCUCGGAUCCUCAGAUCAUUUCAGAAGGACUGUAUGCAAUAGCUGUGGUACUCAGCUUCUCCCGCAUUGCUUACAUUCUUCCAGCCAACGAAAGCUUCGGGCCCCUGCAGAUCUCUUUGGGAAGGACUGUGAAGGAUAUCUUCAAGUUCAUGGUCAUCUUUAUCAUGGUGUUCCUGGCCUUCAUGAUUGGAAUGUUCAACCUUUACUCUUACUACCUUGGUGCAAAAUACAACCCUGCAUUUACAACGGUAGAAGAAAGUUUUAAAACCUUAUUCUGGUCAAUAUUUGGCUUAUCUGAAGUGAUAUCCGUGGUGCUGAAGUACGAUCAUAAAUUCAUUGAGAAUAUUGGAUAUGUACUCUAUGGAGUAUACAACGUGACCAUGGUGGUGGUGCUGCUUAAUAUGCUAAUAGCCAUGAUAAACAACUCUUAUCAGGAAAUUGAGGAGGAUGCAGAUGUGGAGUGGAAGUUUGCACGUGCCAAGCUCUGGCUGUCCUACUUUGAUGAAGGAAGGACUUUACCUGCUCCCUUUAAUCUAGUGCCAAGCCCUAAAUCAUUUUAUUAUCUCAUACUGAGAAUAAAAAUGUGCCUCAUAAAACUCUGCAAAUCUAAGGCCAAAAACUGUGAAAAUGAUCUUGAGAUGGGAAUGCUGAACUCCAAACAACGGAAAGUUCGUUUUCAGUCUAGCAGUCUGCAUAUGGAAAAUUUUUCAGUGAAGAAUGCUUACAACAAGCCCACAAGAUACCAGAAAAUAAUGAAACGCCUGAUUAAGCGCUAUGUGCUGAAGGCUCAGGUGGACCGAGAAAAUGAUGAAGUCAAUGAAGGAGAACUUAAAGAGAUUAAGCAAGAUAUUUCUAGUCUCCGAUAUGAACUCCUGGAGGAAAAGUCCCAGGCGACUGGUGAGCUGGCAAGACUUAUACAGCAACUGAGCGACAAAUUCGGGAAGAACUUAAAUAAGGACAUUUGAUGGUGAGCACAGAGGAAAGCAACUAGUUUUCUAAACAUUACUCAGUCUCAACCAGCAUCUUAAGAGGACAAAAACAACGCAAAAAAUGGGGACCAGACUCAUCUUCUAUGAAUUGGCAGGUGUCAGUUGGAGCAUUUUGCAUUACUCCUGUGUUUGGUGAAUUUCCAGUUGAAUCUUUUAUGACACAAAAUAACUUACUGGUAAAAGCAUACACCCUUCGACAUCAGAAAUAAAUGAACUGUAGGGAAGGCACCUUUUAGUUAAGGGCAGAAAAGCCAGAUCUUCAUCCACCUGUCUCCAGAGUGAACUGUACUCAUUUACCUUAACUCUGUACUGAGCAGGAGUUGGUGAAGGCUGAAGGAAAAACGUGCCAAGCAUAUUCCUUGAGAAUUUAAAAGAAUCCUGUCCUUGGGUGUGUACUCUCCUUUUAUGUUUACAUGGGCAUCCAGAGGUAACUUUGAACAGCAUGGUGGUUAAUGAAAAGUAUAUGAGAAAUCAUCUGCUGAAAUGAGCAAGGCCAAGUGUCAGAUACUUUUCAGAUUGGAUGAGAGAGUUGGAACCAGGAACCAAACUUGUUGGGUAAAACAUCCUUCAUCUCUUUGCUGGAACCUGAUAAAGGGAUUCCAAGCCAAAAACUCCUCUGCCUUUUCCAGCUGUUUUAGCCAACCCACUAACAGAUAUGGUCCCUUUAUACACAUACCAAGCCUCUCUUUUGUCCAUAGAUGAUCCCAGCUACAACAACAGUGUACUGAAAUAUUCAGUGAAAAUCCACAGCAGAAAUAACAUAUUUUGUGCUUAUGUGUUCAGGACAAGGAACAGCACUAAUUGAUGACAGCAACUCAACUCAGCUGCUCUGCUUGGGUUCCAGAGUUCAUACAGCAAGCCAUAGCAUGAGGUAAACUAUGAAAAAUGUACCCCAGGAGCUUCAAAUCUUUGAAAGCAUAGGAAAAGGCUUCAUUUCCAAUGAGGACAUGGUGACAAAUAAAAAAUAAAAAGAAGAAUGAAUUGUUGAAGAGAUGAUUGUUCUGAGUUAUGUGUUUGGCUCUUCUGGAGGACCUGGAAGGAAUUAAAACCACUUCCAAGGUUGUAAUACAAACACUCAGACUGCACUUUUACAAAGGGUGAGCAACGAGUCGAUGCAAAGCAACUGAAGACUUGGAUUGCUUGGGUUUCUACGUUUAGCUACGUGAUUUCAGUAUUUAAAGCACACCUUACAACUUGGGAACCGCUGAACUGUACUGUUUGUUCACAAGGUGCACCUAUGAGAUGACCAUUGCGUUUUAGGUAUCAGCUGAGAAAAACAAGCAGAAGCAGAAGGUGACCAGUGAUCAGUUCUUAAGUGCCAGAUGAGAACACAGAUAGCCUAAUAGAAUCAUAGUUAUAUUUGUACAAAAACGUUGAGGAAAAAAAAAAAAGACAAAAUAAAAAAGUGUACUGUAUGUAGAUCUGUUUAGAGAAAAAGCAGAAUACUGUAUUUUUACCUUUAAUAAGAUUAUCUUGUAUACUGUCAUAUUUUUACCUAAAACCAGGAAAAAAAAAUAAAAUUACCUCAUAAUAUUUUGUUGUACAUUCGGUGAAAUACUUGCCUGAUCUUUUGGAUACCCCAAACAUUUUGUUGUUUUUCUCCUGUGUUAACAAUGAAACCAUCCAAAGAAGCAAUUUUGCCAUGAAACUUCUUAAGUUUGACAGAAUCAAAAGGCAAAACUUAAAGUAUAUCUCAAGGGAAUGAACUUAGGGAAUGGGAAUUUCAGACAACAACCUGUAAACGUGACUCCUUACCAGUGGUGCUUUAUUUGAAAUGUUAUCAGCAUUAAGACGUUUCUAAAACUAAUGUGGGAAAUCUGCUUCUUUUGCAUGAUGGCUCUUGCAACGUAGUGUUAUGAUGAACCACUUAGAUGACAACAUCUAUCACAGAGCACCAAAUGCUGGCACAAGGUGGUCACUACAUGUAAUGU